CCGGGUUUCUCUUUUUUGCGUUCCGGCUGGUGGCGCCUGUCCUCGGCCCUGGACGUCUCCGUGCCUCAGGCCCACGUCUGCCCCCUCUUCCUCCGCGCGCGGGGCUAGCGCUGGCUUCGGGGACGGGAGCCCUCCAGGGACAUGGCAGCCACCGCGGCGCCGGCCGGCGGCGCUCGAAACGGGGCCGGCCCGGAAUGGGGCGGGUUCGAAGAAAACAUCCAGGGUGGGGGCUCGGCCGUGAUUGACAUGGAGAACAUGGAUGACACCUCGGGCUCCAGCUUCGAGGACAUGGGUGAGCUGCACCAGCGCCUGCGCGAGGAAGAAGUGGACGCCGACGCGGCCGCUGCGGAAGAGGAGGAUGGGGAGUUCCUGGGCAUGAAGGGCUUUAAGGGGCAGCUGAGCCGGCAGGUGGCUGACCAGAUGUGGCAGGCCGGGAAGAGACAAGCUUCCAGAGCCUUCAGUUUGUAUGCCAACAUCGACAUCCUGAGACCCUACUUCGAUGUGGAGCCUGCCCAGGUGCGCAGCAGGCUCCUGGAGUCCAUGAUCCCUAUCAAGAUGGUCAACUUCCCACAGAAAAUCGCAGGUGAGCUCUAUGGUCCUCUCAUGCUGGUCUUCACGCUGGUUGCCAUCCUCCUGCAUGGAAUGAAGACAUCCGACACCAUUAUCCGGGAGGGCACCCUGAUGGGCACUGCCAUUGGCACCUGCUUCGGCUACUGGCUAGGCGUCUCGUCUUUCAUUUACUUCCUCGCCUACCUGUGCAACGCCCAGAUCACCAUGCUGCAGAUGCUGGCCCUGCUGGGCUAUGGCCUCUUCGGGCACUGCAUUGUCCUGUUCAUCACCUACAACAUCCACCUGCACGCCCUCUUCUACCUCUUCUGGCUGCUGGUGGGCGGGCUGUCCACCCUGCGCAUGGUGGCGGUGCUGGUGUCACGAACCGUCGGCCCCACCCAGCGGCUGCUGCUCUGCGGCACCCUGGCCGCCCUGCACAUGCUCUUCCUGCUCUAUCUGCAUUUUGCCUACCACAAGGUGGUGGAAGGGAUCCUGGACACGCUGGAGGGCCCCAACGUCCCGCCCAUGCAGAGAGUCCCCAGAGACAUCCCCGCCGCGCUGCCUGCUGCCAAGCUACCUGCCGCCGUGCUCAACGCCACAGCCAAGGCUGUGGCCGUGACUCUGCAGUCCCAGUGAGCCCAGCUGGACUCCGUGGCUGGCAGGCUCCUCCAGCUGUGGAGUGGAGGACUGAACGACAGCCCUGGUGACGUCUCUCUGAUGGGGCCGGCACCGCCACCACACUGUAGCUGCUUCAGCACCUCCGUGGCGCCUGGCAGGGCUUCCGAAGGCCACAAGACCAGGAACUUCCAGCCAGGACUGCAAGGCUCUGCAGCCGGUGCAGAAAGUGGCCCAGCUCCUCUGAGGCCCUCUCACCACCCACCCCUUCCUCCUCUCUCUCCCAUUGUCGUGCUAAAUAUAGACUCAGUGAUUAAAACACUACGUGAAGUCUGGAA